CACAGAUGUUCGUCAGUUAUGUCCGUGGAGAUGUGCUGUGGACGAAACACCAAAGCAAAAAGAAAAAGAGAACGACGCCAUUGCCGACCCAGCAGACGCCAUAAAGGAAGCUUUCCUCCGCAAAAAGAAACCAAGCCGUGACGCAGCCAUGGGGCAGCAGCUCUGCGAGAUGCACCGCGUGCGCCGCCGCGCCCGCAUCAUAGCUACCGCCCUCCUCGUUGCCUUCGCCGCCGCCGCCACCGUGCUCGUGGUGUACCUCGUCUUCCGCCCGCUGAAGCCGCAGGCCUCCGUGGUGCGCGCCGCCGUGUACCACAUGGCCGCGAUCGCCGGGAACUCCUCGGGAGGGCGAGGCCCGCCGCCGUACACACUCGCGGCGAGCGCGCGGUUCACGGCGAUGCUGCACAACCCGAGCGACCGCGCCACGGUGUCCUACGACAGCCUCUUUGCCUACGUGACGUACCGCGGGGAGAUGGUGGCGCCCCCCGUGCCGCUGCCCGGGGCGGUCCAGGAGCGCGGCGCCGACGUGGCGCUGUCGCCGCGGUUCGGCCUUGGCGGCGCGGUGCCCGUGCCGGUGUCGGCGGAGACGGCGCAGGCGCUGGAGGGCGACUGUGCGGCGCACCGCGUGGAGCUCCGCCUCGUCGUCAUGGGCCGGGUCAAGUACAGGAGCGGGCCAUUGAUGACUGGGUGGCGUGCGCUGUACCUGCGCUGUGAUGUCACCGUCGGCCUCGGGGUGGACGCCGCCGUGGGCGACGACGAAGCCGGGGACAUGCCACUUCUCGAGUACCCCAAGUGCUCCGUUGACGCUUGAGUUGAUCCUUGAUCGGCGCAAUGCAUGCGCGCUCAGAUGAUCAAAUAUUCAGAGUUUUUGUGGACAAUAAGGAAUUGGGGAAAACAUAUUUGUGUGUCCAGAGGCAUGCUGAUUCGUAUUUUUAUUAGAGUCGCUUAGUUUUUGUCGA